UACCCUAAUACAACGGAAUAGCAAGUUUUAGGGCUUCUCCAUAGAAAAUUUUAUUUGUAAUUUUAUAAACAAAAUAUACUGGAUUUAUUUAAACUUAGUUAUGGACGAGUUUUGCGAAAUUACAUCAAAAGCUAGCGAAGAUGCCACUUUGCAGAAUGAUUGUGGAAAACGUGAUGAAUCCCUUGAUCUUGAUGAUUUACUACCUGCGAUAGGCGAGUUUGGAAUCUAUCAAAAGAUGCUAGUUUUUGGAAUAUGCUUACCAGCAUGUAUACCCUGCGGAUUUUGUGCUUUCAAUCAAAUUUUUAUGGCGAAUGUUCCAAAUGAUUACUGGUGCAAAGUACCAGAUUUGUUAGACAUGUCUGUAGAAAAGAGGAAGCUUUUAGCAAUUCCAAAGAAUCUGGAAAACCUUGAUUCUUAUAGUAAAUGUUACCGUUAUGCUGUAAACUGGACUGAUAUUCUUGAAGUUAAUUACUAUGAUAUAGAUAAGCCAAAUGAAACAUGGCCCUAUCAAAAGUGCGACUAUGGAUGGGAAUACAACACAUCUGUAGUGUGGUCAUCCAUUGUUAUUGACUUCGAUUUAGUAUGCGACAAAGAUAUAUAUCCAACUAUUGGUUUAUCAGCCCUCAACGUUGGUGGUCCUAUCGGGGUUUACCUCUUUGGACUACUUAAUGAUAGAAUGGGAAGGCGUGUGUCAUAUUUUUCAUGUUUGGCUACAUUACUUAUUGGUAGCCUGAUAACAUCACUCAGCAAAAAUUUUUGGACGUGGGCGGGAAGCAGAGUAAUAGUUGGUUUAACGAUACCAGCCGUGUACCAAAUUCCUUUUAUUAUUUCUUUGGAGCUCGUUGGUGAAAAUUAUAGAUCUUUCGUCACUGUAAUGACUUGCACAUUUUACACCUCAGGCAUAAUGUUACUGUCAGUGGUUACCUAUUUAGAACGUGAUUGGGUGAAACUGUCUUAUUACACAUCUGCACCUUUUCAUUUGUACUUCGCAUAUAUUUUUGUAAUGCCUGAGUCUCCUCGGUGGCUACUGAUGCGGGGCCGAUUACAAGAAGCUCUAGCGAUUUUGGAAAAUAUGGCAAAAGUGAAUGGUCAAAAAUUUCCUGAGGAAAUAAAAGCCAAUUGGGAGGCAAAAAUAGUUGAAAGCAAGAAUUCAAAUGAGAACGCAGUAAAUGUAGGCGUUUUCGAUUUAUUCAGAACACCAAAUAUGAGGCUGAAGACAAUUUUGAUAACCUUAAGUUGGUUUGCGAAUGAGACAGUGUACCUGGGAUUGAGCUACUAUGGUCCGUCUUUGGGUAACGACCAAUACGUAAGCUUCUUUUUAUCUGCUGCAGUGGAGUUGCCGAGUUACUUGUGCUGCUGGUAUUUAAUGGAUACUUUUGGUAGGCGAUGGCCUUUAAGCUUAUCAAUGAUACUUGGUGGAGCUGCUUGCGUUGUCACCGUUACAAUACCGGAUGAUGCCACUGAUGAAACUUUAAUACUAUAUUUAGUAUCAAAAGCACUACUUUCAGCUUCAUUUUUGAUAAUUUACCCUUUUGCUGGUGAAUUGUAUCCAACGCAAGUUCGAGGCAUUGGAAUUGGAGCGUCAAGUUAUAUUGGAGGGCUCGGGUUAAUUGUCAUUCCAUUUGUGACUUAUUUGGGUAGGGAAAACUUAAAACUUCCUCUUGUCAUAAUGGGAGUAAUAUCAAUGUUAGGGGGGCUUACAAGUUUAAGGUUACCUGAAACACUUCAUGAACGAUUGCCCCAAACACUUGAAGAGGGAGAAAAUUUCGGAAAGGAGUGGUCAUUUAAAAAAUGUAUUCAAUGUUACUCAAAGCAAAAAGUAAAAACUGAAUCGGAAUCAUAUGAGAACUUGGAUCUUCUUGCCUCCAGCGAUGGCCGCAAUAAAGAGCCGCAGAAACUCAAAACCAAUAAACGGGACCCGGAAGGGAACUCUAUAAAACGGUUGGUACGCCAAAUGAGUGUUAUGGACACUCAAAGAAAUGUUGAUGGAACUAUGCAAUUAACUCAUUGGAUUUAAAAAAAGUUUAUCGGACAUUGAUAUUA